AUGGUGCAAGAGUAUAAGAAGCAUAUGUCGUGUCGUCUAUGUAACUUGCUUGAGUUGGGUAUCGUAUGUCAGAAGUUAGCCGACUAUACCGCUGCCACUUCCUACUUCGAGGACGCCCUCAACCGGUUGUCCCACCCUGACACAGUUGAACAUCGCCUCCAGAUGAUCAAAGCUCUUACUGGACUAGGCCAAGCGUAUAGUAUGACAUCACAACCGUUGGAGGCUCACCGAUUCUACCUAAAAGCCAUUGAGAUAUGCGACCAGGUUCUACCAGUCAACCAUCACUACACUGCCACUCUAAAUGGACUGAUUGGAGAGUUAUACCAGAACCAGGGAAGGGCAACAGAAGCAUUGCAAUACCAUGUCCUUGACAUAAUUGAGACUCAACGCACUGCAGGACUGGGGAAGCCACGAGUAGCGGCCAUCUUGAAUAAUAUUGGGUUGUCUUUGAUGGACCUCGACCCAACUGGAGAGGACGCCCUUCCAUUUUUCGUUGAGGCCUUGUCCAUACUCAUCGAUGCUUAUGGACUAGUGCAUGUCGAUGUUGCUUCCGUCAGAAUGAACAUAGCUGCCUACUUCUUCAAUGCCAAGCUGUACAAGUAUUCUCUCUUUCAAUAUAAGAGAGCAUUUGAGAUUUUCAAGGUUUAUAUGGGAUCUCUCCAUCCGAAGUCUCAGGAAGCCAGGCAAGGACAGAAAGAGUUGAGGCCGUUUACCAUGGUGCAAAAAUAAAGGAUCUUCCAAAUCAUUGCCUAAUGUUAGAAUUUAUGUUACCUCUUUCUUCUAAGCUAUUAAAUCUUACUUUAUAUACACUACCCAGGUAACAAUACAGCGUUGGACCAACGUUGGAUCAACGUUGGGAAUUUUUUUCCCAACGUUGCCUCAACGUUGGCAGGCCAACGUUGCAUCAUCGAUAGAAGUGCACGCGCAUACAUCGUCAGACCAACAACAUUUCCAACGUUAGUUCAACGUUGUCCAGCAACAAUGUUUCAACGUUGUCUGGCAACGUUGAUCCAAUGUUGGCUAAAUAGACAAAUACAACAUUGCUACAACGUUGGUAAGCAACGUUGUAUCAUCGAUAGAAGUGCACGUCCAUACAUCGUCAGACCAACAACAUUUCCAACGUCAGUUCAACGUUGUCCACCAUCAAUGCUCCAACGUUGGUAUAAUGUCGGCUGAGUCAUCAAUAACAGCGUUGCUGCAACGUUGAUGGGCAACGUUGAAGCAGCGAUGGACGUGCACUUGCAUACAUCGUCAGUCCAACUAUGUUUACAACGUUGGUUCAACGCUGUCCAGCAACAAUGCUCCAACGUUGUCUGGCAACAUUGCUCCAACAUUGUUACAACGUUGUCACAACGUUGCUCCAACAUUGCUCCAACGUUAUUCCAACGUAUGGCAGUAAUUAACAAAACAUUAAUUGGUUUCAAGGUGAAGUCCACCAUUACAACUCUACACUCAAAUCUUUAUCAUCAUAUGUCUUAUCCUAUCCUAAAAUCCUACAUCCUAAUCCUAUAUCCUAUUCCUAUCAUCCUACACCUAUCCACUGUAACCUGUCAUUGACUCCUAUAUAUAGAGCAACUUUGCUAUACUUGGCAGAAUACAGUUAAUAUCAUUUUCCACACUUAACCUUGAAUAUUUCACUUAGAAUAAUAUGUUUUGAUUAUAUAUGAUAUGGUAAUGGAGCCACAUACUUUUCUGAAACUUUUCAUGGUGGAAAUAUUGAAUAAACAUAAAUACUCUAAUUAUUAUAGCAAUAUUACCUAAAAUUUUGGUCAUUUACUGAUGUAAUGAAUAUUCAUGAGUGCAUAAUCAUUGUCCAGAUGAGGCAGGUAUGGCAGCGUUGGUCCAAUGUUGGUCCAACGUUGGGUGACGUUGAUCCAACGUUGGUAUAAUGUUGGUCCAAUGUUGAUGGAAAGUUGAUUCAACUUUAGUCCAAUGUUAGUCCAACGUUGGCGUAAACGUUGAUUCAAUGUUUGUCUAAUAUCGGUUAAAUGUUGUUGUAACGUUGAUUCUUUGUUGGUCUAAUUCUAAACAAAUCCAACGAUGCGCCAUCUCCAUCAAACAGUUUUCAACACUGUGCCAUCAUCAUCUGUAAUCUGUUCAUGAUUCUAUCAAAAAACAUUACAACUAUUAUUACAGCUAUUCAUUUCUUUUCAUUCUUUCUGUUACAAGUCUCUUCACAUAAUUAAGAGAAAUCAAGAUAAUUACGUGUGAUAUUUAUUGAGGCCUUUGUAGCAUUCAAACUUUUUUGACAUCCUCUUUUUCUCAAACAAGACUAAUACCAAAAAAACAUAUGCAUAUGUAAUAAAAAUUAAGAUGUAUUAC